UAGGUCAAUCAAUCGUUUGUAGUUUGCAAUUUGCAAAGUCUGUGUUGGUGCAUGUUAGUAAUGAUUAUUAUUUAGGAUUUAAAUCACUCCUCAAGUUUCAAAGACAAAUCGGUUUCGUUUUUGAAACUUCCACUUCAGCCUUCUACCUAGCGCUCAGCCAUGGAGGCGAGCAGUUCCUCAGGAACGGAAGUCAACGAUGGCUGCAGUACGUCCCAAGUCUCUGCCAAAGAGAAACUUGCGGAGAGAAUGAAGAAACUCAAAGAACUCCACAACAAAAGAAAUGAAGCUAGACAAUUGAAUCAUCAAGAAGUUGUGGAAGAAGAUAAAAGAAACAAAUUACCCAGCAACUGGGAGGCCCGAAAAAGAAAAGCAGAGUGGAUCCUGAAUGAUGAAAAAAUGCGAGAAGAAGCUGCUGAAAAGAAUGAAGAUUAUGACCGGCUCAAACUCCUCAAUGUCUCAGCGGUAGAUGCAGAACGGUUUGAACGUCUGAAAAAGAAGAAAAAUGCUGAUCCAGGAUUCUCAGACUAUGAGCAAGCAACUGCCCGACAAUACAACAGAUUAGUGCGCAAUUUAAAGCCAAAUAUGGAAAUUUAUGAGAAACAGAAAACUGAACUGGGAGGUGCUUUCUACGGAGACAAAAACACCAUUCUACACGGUUUGCACAAAGAUUCAAAAGAAGGCAUUGACAGAAUGGUCGAGGAUUUAGAAAAACAGAUUGCUAAGCGCAAGAAGUUCAGCAGACGACGUACGCACAAUGAUGAUGCUGAUAUUGAUUACAUUAACGAAAGAAACAUGAAAUUCAACAAAAAAUUGGAGAGAUUCUAUGGGGAACACACAGUUGAAAUCAAGCAAAAUUUGGAAAGAGGCACUGCAAUUUAAUCAGUCAAACUUUGUACGUGAGGAGAUCUCUGUGCAACACCAACAAAAGCCUCCAUGGGGAAGUGUUAUUGCCAGAAUUGUCGGAAGCUCCCUUCAAGUCAACCAUGUGGAUUUUUCCUCUCGCUGUCAUCCUUCAAUUCAAGUUUUUUACUCUGUUUCAUCAUUGGGUGUGCUAAUACCUUACCACUCCUAAUACUAUGAAGCAUAGCUAGAGAAUUAGAACGUGGAAAAUUGGUAUCUGUUAGUGGUGGUUAGUUGUGAAAGUACGCGGAAGCCAUGUCUCGCAUCUCCGUGUUACCAAGCCAAAUAUCUUUGUCUCAAAAUCAACUUAUUGCAGCUGCGUCUGUGUUACAUCUAAUCCGCUAGAAAUUCUGCAUGCAAUAAUCGUUAAAGAAAAAGAUACAGUGAGUCUUAAGUACCUUGUUGUGACAAACUCAGACUUAUUCAAAAACGAAAACUAAUGUCAAUAUUGUGAUAGACACCAAAACUCUGUCCUGUGCGUCCUGGGAAACAAUUUUUAAGUCUAUUUUGGAGAAAAAAGUAACAAGUAUUGGAAUGAUCUCUCCAGCAAUGAGCACCUUGAUAGGUUGUAAGCAAAAAUGAGGAGCCCUGUAAGGUGAGGUUUUGAACUUGCAAAGACAAUCUCGCGUCAUUAAGCUAUUCAUGGUUUCUUGGAAAUUGCAGAAUUGUGUUAAUAAAAAGCCAAAAAGCUGUCAUCUUUUUGAAAAUUUUAGGAUAAAGGUUUUUUUUUUUUGUUUUAAAAUGCCAAGUACAUACCUCAUUCUUCAAUUGAUGGGCCAAAGUUUCAAUGUUUCUCAAUAGUUUUGCUAUCCAAAAAUCAGGAUUUCCAUGACACUGGUCACCAGAGAGAAACCAUUCUUCUUUUUUUAAAGCUUCAAAAUCAAAUAUUUUUUUAGGUGAAGUGAUUUCAUUUAUUCUCCCAUCUAGGUUCUGCCCAAGAAAACGUUCAGUGUCAGAAAUUCAAUUUAACCAACAGGAAGUUUAAGCAAGGGUGUAGUGUUACUGUUUUUUCAAUUCAUUUUCGUUUUUACAGCCAUCUGAAUAUUCUUUGCACUCUUUUAUGGAUAAAUAGUCAAUUGAUUUUUCAUUAGGCCUUGUCGCCUUGGGACGUUUCAUGGGAUUUGUCUCAAGGAAAAAUCUCACUUGCGAAGUUGGGAAAAAUAUUGAGUUAGUCAAUACUAAUCACAGUGCCAAGUAAGAGUCAUUUUGGAGUCCCAGGAACGACUUAAAAUGAAGAAGAAGAAAUUUUGUUUUGUUGUUUAAUGGGAAAAAGCCCAGAAGUUUCAUUCCUGCGAUUCAAACUUGGGAAAAAUCCUGUGAAACGUCCCGUGAAGAAAAGGCGUUAGAAAACACAAUGUUUAAAAUACGAGGUUCCUCAGUGUGAAAUACAAUCUUCUUUUUCUCAAAGAUUCUAUUUUCUUCAGAUUAAUCUACUCUCCUUCCUCGCUUUGUAGGAUAGUAAUUUGUUCAGCCAAAAAGUAUAGUUGUAUUAAGCCUUUUAUAAUGGCAUCUGUCUCUGUAUAAAUCAUCUUUUUCCCUCGAAUCCAGUUUUACUCCAACUUAAAAGUGAGUUGAAGUUUCUCCCAUCCUGAUCCAGAAGAGUAACUCACUUGCUUAUAUGACCAA